GCGUGCCGUAUUGGUGGAAACCAGGAUCCAAAGAAAAGACGGGUCAGCCAGCACGCAGGUCUGGGCGGCGCUUAGUGACGUCAGCAUAUCCCUGCCUGGGUAUGAGCCGACCUGGUCCAAUUCAGUUUUCCCUCUGUCGCCUAGGUGAGUGGACGAGGUUCCUUGUGCGCCGACAAUGCCUAGCACGUGCGCUGUGUUGUGGUGUUCAAAUGAUAGACGCAAAACGCAGGGAACUGGAAUACGCUACUUUUAUUUUCCAAAAGAUAACGAGCGGCAAAAACAAUGGAUUCGUGCUUGUGAUAGACCGGACGAUUUAAAUGUGAAAAGUUGUCUUGUGUGCUCUAAGCAUUUUAGAGAAGAGGAUUACAGUAUGCAGUACAAGUUACUUGGCCAUUAUCAGGGCCCAAGACACCGCACGCUGCUGAAGGAGACGGCCGUUCCAUCACUUUUUCUUUCUCCAGCAGACGAACCUGAUGAAGCUCUCUCCAGUGCAGAUGACCCAACUGAAGUUUCAGAACUUGGUGAAAAUGAAGGAUCAGGCAGCUUCUUGCAUGAAGACAGCUCUCUCUUAGAAGACGAGCCUGCUGAAGUCCUUGCCGGUGCAAGAGAUGCAGGAUCAGGCAGCUUCUUGCAUGAAGACAUCUCUCUCUUAGGUAUGUUAGUAGGAAUUCUGAAGUCAGUGCUAGCUCUUAUGAAGGCCAAAUCAGAUACAAUGACUGAGAUGGAGAAAGUGGCUGUGAUGUCCUUUGAUGAAAUGGCAAUAGUCAGUGAAUGGAACUAUGACAAAGGUUCAGAUACACUGUAUAAACCUCAUAAAAGGGUUUUGGUGUUUAUGUGCAAGCAGGCAGUGGCUUGCCGUCGCCGUGCCUUCAACCGUUACAAGAGGCAUAGGACCGAGUUCAACCAUAACGCGUACAAGAAAGCACGAGCACAAGCACGCUGGACACUGAAAGAAGCACGACGAUCCUCAUUUGCAAGUUAUGGAUCCACACUUAAUUCUCAGACUCAAAUGACACAGCCAGGGUUUCGGAAGAUGAGAUCAACAGUAGACGCCCUCGUGCGUCUCGAGUCAGCUAUCUGCCGCUCCUUUGCAGACAGAUAG